GAGCUCCGUGCGUCCCAGUCUCGCGGCUACUUCGCCCGCGGAUAGUCGCGGACGCGCGUCACCGUGUCACGCUAUUGUCGGUGUUUAGUUGUGCCAAUCAUUUUAUAUUAAACCGUGAAAUACACAAAAAUCUAUCGCCAUGGAUCCCGAAGCCUUCUUGGACCUGGCCAACCAGGUCAUUAAACUAAAAAUGUACCCGUAUUUUGACAUAGCGCAUUCUUUAUUAUGCGCUCUUGCAGUGAGAGAGGAUUUGGGAGCUGGUGCACAGACAUUCUCCCGCAAGCACCCCCUAUCGUGCUGGCUGUCUACCAUGCUGGUGAUCUUCGCGGGCGGCAUGGUGGUCAACGGCCUGCUCGGAGAACCCAUGCUGGCACCACUUAAGAACACUCCGCAACUCAUCAUUGGAACCGUUACUUGGUACUUAGUAUUUUACACGCCGUUCGAUGUGGGGUACAAGGUGGCAAAGUUCCUACCUGUAAAAGUCGCUGCUUCUGCUAUGAAAGAGAUCUACCGAGCUAAGAAGGUGUACGACGGAGUCAGCCACGCCGCCAAACUGUACCCCAACGCUUACGUCAUUAUGAUUAUUGUCGGUACCCUGAAGGGCAACGGUGCAGGCUUCACGAAACUGAUCGAGAGACUGAUCCGUGGUGCCUGGACCCCGACUGCCAUGGAGACCAUGCAGCCAAGCUUCUACACGAAGGCGUCUCUCGUGGCGUCCAUCAUCUUCGUGCUGGACAAGAAGACUGACCUCAUAUCGGCGCCGCACGCUCUCGUGUACUUUGGCAUCGUUAUAUUCUUUGUCUACUUUAAGCUCUCCUCAAUCCUACUGGGCAUUCACGAUCCCUUCGUGCCCUUCGAGAACCUGUUCUGCGCGCUCUUCUUCGGCGGCAUCUGGGACUCCCUCGCCAAACUGCUGGGCAAGGGCCAGCCCAAGGAGGAGACCAAAGAUGCCAAGAAAACUAAUUAGCGAACAUCUUAGAUAUAUACAGGUCGCAUUUUAUCACCUGCAGUAUCUGCGCUACGUAAUCAACUGACACCGACAAUACAAUGCGACUGCUUAUUGCUAAGCAAAUAAUAAACAAAAAAACAAAAAAAUAGUAAAACCCUUAAAUCCUAAAAAAAUGGCACAACGACCAAAGUUUUGAUUUCAUUAGUUUUAAGCUCCACUAGUCCUUACGUUAAUUCAUUUAUUUGUUUAAGUGUAUGUGAGUUUUUAAGUAGAGGGGAUUAUUUGAUAUUUAAUUAGUAAUUCAGUUCCUACUUGCAAUUGCCAAAUAUUGUGAUAAAUAUAAAAUAUAUCCACCUUAUUAUAUCAAAAUGUAACUUGCCAUAAUAAUUACCAAAAUAAAUAAUUUUAGCAUAAUAAAUAAUAUCAGUGCUUGAACCACAGGAAACCAGAAUCCCUGAGUGAAAAAAAUAAUAAAACCAUCGAGCAUUGUAAUUUUAUUUCUAUAUUAGUUUUUAAUCGAAACGAAAAUCGACUAAGCCGACUUCCUUUACAUAAAAAAAAAUAAACGGAGAAACGUCAAACAUUUCCCGCGCAAAAACCAUUGUCAUUAAUAAUGUCAUAUGAAUCAUCUGACCGAUUCGCGCCAUUUGCGAUGAGGAGCAUUUUAUUCGUGUAGAUAUACAUAAAUAAAUCAUUAUUUAAAAUAGUGUUCAUUACAUAAUUAAUAAUUAUGAUGUUAAAUUGAUUGUGAUUGAGAUUGGAUGAAAGGUCUGGCCGAGUUGCAGGGUGCUAGCAACGAGGACCACGUCUUUCGUGACAUGUUAUGUAUUAUGACGCAAUAUUAUCUUGUUCGGAUAUAUCUGGGUAUGCUAAAGGAAGCAAUAAAUUGUUUUUAUUAAUAAAAGA